AGAGCGCCGGGGGUGGGGACGGAAGGGCGGCGGGAGGAAGGCAGGAGGCUGCUGGGCCGCGCGGGGGCUGCCGCUGGGGAAGGAACCCCAAGGUGUCCGCCGCGGCUCGUCUGUCACCCGCGCGGACUGGGGCGCCAGGACCAUGGGCCCGCUCCCCUGAGGCGGAGGUCGCGGGCAGGAGGGUAGGAGGCCCGCGAGAGGCUGCUGCGGAAGCCGCGGGCCCGUGACUGGGCGCCAGGCGGCGGCGGCGGCACCACCACCACCACCACCACCACCACCACCAUGUCGCGCUCGGUGCUGCAGCCCAGUCAGCAGAAGCUGGCGGAGAAGCUCACCAUCCUCAAUGACCGGGGCGUCGGCAUGCUCACCCGCCUCUACAACAUCAAGAAGCAAGGACAAGUUUGGAAGGCAUGUGGAGACCCUAAGGCAAAACCAUCCUACCUUAUUGACAAAAACCUGGAAUCUGCUGUGAAGUUCAUAGUCAGAAAGUUCCCUGCUGUAGAAACCCGCAACAACAAUCAACAGCUUGCACAACUUCAGAAAGAAAAAUCUGAGAUUCUGAAAAAUUUGGCAUUAUACUACUUCACAUUUGUAGAUGUUAUGGAAUUUAAGGACCAUGUUUGUGAAUUGCUGAAUACUAUUGAUGUUUGCCAAGUCUUCUUUGAUAUUACUGUAAACUUUGAUUUAACAAAAAACUACUUAGAUUUGAUCAUAACCUAUACAACACUAAUGAUCCUGCUGUCUCGAAUUGAAGAAAGGAAGGCAAUCAUUGGAUUAUACAACUAUGCGCAUGAAAUGACCCACGGAGCAAGUGACCGAGAAUACCCACGUCUUGGUCAGAUGAUCGUGGAUUAUGAAAACCCUUUAAAGAAGAUGAUGGAAGAAUUUGUACCCCAUAGCAAGUCUCUUUCAGAUGCACUAAUUUCUCUUCAGAUGGUGUAUCCUCGAAGGAAUCUGUCAGCUGACCAGUGGAGAAAUGCCCAAUUACUGAGUCUCAUCAGUGCACCCAGUACAAUGCUCAAUCCUGCACAGUCUGACACUAUGCCUUGUGAAUACCUCUCUUUGGAUGCAAUGGAAAAGUGGAUUAUAUUUGGCUUUAUUUUAUGUCAUGGGAUCCUAAAUACUGAUGCGACAGCACUGAACCUUUGGAAGCUAGCUCUUCAAAGUAGCUCUUGCCUCUCACUCUUUCGAGAUGAAGUUUUCCAUAUUCAUAAAGCUGCAGAAGACUUAUUUGUAAAUAUAAGAGGCUAUAAUAAGCGCAUUAAUGACAUAAGAGAAUGCAAAGAGGCAGCUGUGUCACAUGCUGGUUCAAUGCACAGAGAAAGACGCAAGUUUUUAAGGUCUGCACUGAAAGAGUUGGCUACUGUCCUUUCUGAUCAACCUGGCUUGCUGGGUCCCAAGGCACUUUUUGUUUUUAUGGCAUUAUCCUUUGCCCGUGAUGAAAUUAUCUGGCUACUUCGUCAUGCAGAUAACAUGCCAAAGAAGAGUGCAGAUGACUUUAUAGAUAAGCACAUUGCUGAAUUAAUAUUUUACAUGGAAGAGCUCAGAGCACAUGUAAGAAAAUAUGGACCUGUAAUGCAGAGGUAUUAUGUACAGUACCUUUCUGGUUUUGAUGCUGUUGUCCUCAAUGAACUUGUACAGAAUCUUUCUGUUUGCCCUGAAGAUGAAUCAAUUAUCAUGUCCUCUUUUGUUAAUACUAUGACUUCCCUAAGUGUAAAACAAGUUGAAGAUGGGGAAGUAUUUGAUUUCAGAGGAAUGAGAUUAGAUUGGUUUAGAUUACAGAGACAUGGGGCAUCUGGACCAGAGACAAAGGACUUAGAGAAGCUGAGUGAAAUAAUCUCUUUUUAUAGUCGUGCUUUUGAGAAGAUGUUUCAACAAUGUUUGGAGUUACCCUCUCAGUCAAGAUACUCAAUUGCGUUUCCAUUGCUUUGCACUCAUUUUAUGAGUUGCACACAUGAACUGUGUCCAGAAGAGCGACAUCAUAUUGGAGAUCGCAGUCUUUCCUUAUGUAAUAUGUUCCUGGAUGAAAUGGCCAAACAAGCUCGAAAUCUCAUCACUGAUAUUUGCACAGAACAGUGUACUCUUAGUGAUCAGUUGCUGCCCAAGCAUUGUGCCAAAACCAUUAGUCAAGCAGUGAAUAAGAAGUCAAAAAAACAGACUGGUAAGAAAGGGGAACCUGAAAGGGAAAAACCAGGAGUUGAGAGCAUGAGGAAAAACAGACUGGUAGUGACCAACCUUGACAAAUUGCACACUGCACUUUCUGAGUUGUGUUUCUCUAUAAAUUAUGUACCAAACAUGGUGGUUUGGGAACAUACCUUUACCCCAAGAGAAUAUUUAACUUCUCAUCUGGAAAUCCGCUUUACUAAGUCGAUUGUUGGAAUGACUAUGUAUAACCAAGCCACACAGGAAAUUGCAAAACCAUCAGAGCUUCUAACAAGUGUAAGAGCUUACAUGACUGUACUCCAGUCCAUAGAAAACUAUGUGCAAAUUGAUAUUACAAGAGUAUUUAAUAAUGUUCUUCUUCAACAAACACAACACUUAGACAGUCAUGGAGAGCCAACUAUUACAAGUCUAUACACAAAUUGGUACUUGGAAACUUUGUUAAGACAAGUCAGCAAUGGUCAUAUAGCUUAUUUCCCUGCGAUGAAAGCAUUUGUGAACUUACCUACAGAAAAUGAAUUAACAUUCAAUGCAGAGGAAUAUUCUGACAUAUCAGAAAUGAGGUCAUUAUCAGAACUGCUAGGCCCAUAUGGUAUGAAGUUCCUAAGUGAAAGCCUUAUGUGGCAUAUUUCUUCACAAGUUGCUGAACUUAAGAAACUUGUGGUGGAAAAUGUUGAUGUGCUCACACAAAUGAGGACCAGCUUUGACAAACCAGACCAGAUGGCUGCACUCUUUAAGAGAUUAUCAUCUGUUGACAGUGUCUUGAAGAGGAUGACAAUAAUUGGUGUAAUUUUAUCCUUCAGAUCAUUGGCACAAGAAGCGCUUAGAGAUGUCUUAUCCUACCACAUUCCUUUUCUUGUAAGUUCAAUUGAAGAUUUCAAGGAUCACAUUCCAAGGGAAACGGAUAUGAAGGUUGCAAUGAAUGUGUAUGAAUUAUCUUCAGCUGCUGGAUUACCUUGUGAGAUUGAUCCUGCCUUGGUGGUAGCUCUCUCCUCGCAGAAAUCAGAAAACAUAAGUCCAGAAGAAGAAUAUAAGAUUGCCUGCCUCCUCAUGGUCUUUGUGGCAGUUUCUUUGCCAACACUGGCCAGUAAUGUCAUGUCUCAGUAUAGCCCUGCUAUAGAAGGGCACUGCAAUAACAUACAUUGCUUGGCCAAAGCCAUCAACCAGAUCGCUGCAGCUUUGUUUACAAUCCACAAAGGAAGCAUUGAAGACCGUCUUAAAGAAUUUCUAGCGCUUGCAUCCUCCAGUCUACUGAAAAUUGGCCAGGAGACAGAUAAAACAACAACAAGAAAUAGAGAAUCUGUUUAUUUACUGCUAGAUAUGAUUGUGCAAGAAUCCCCGUUUCUGACAAUGGAUCUUUUGGAAUCUUGUUUUCCUUAUGUCUUGCUGAGAAAUGCAUACCAUGCUGUCUACAAGCAAAGUGUUACAUCUUCUGCAUAAAGUAUCUCCUUAUUGAAGACAAGCACGCAUUUUUGUCACCUAGGUUUUACCUGUAAACUGUGGAUCUCUUUUACCUUAAGGCCUGAAAAACAGUUUUGUGGAUUAUAAAUUUCUUUCAUACGGUUGUAUUUUCUGAUCAUUGGUUUCGUAAUAUGGUUGUAUUACAGUACUUGAUUGAUUUGGGUUGCACAUUCACUGAAUUCACUGAAAUUAUUCCUAUAAUUUUAGAGUAUCAUUUGUUUGGAAAAUGUUAUCUCUAUGUUUUUGAUAUUUGAUAAUGAAAAAAACCCUUUGCUUGUUUAUUUCUGAAAAAAAUUGUAUUUAGUGAUUAUUUUAGAUAGUGGUAUUACAGCAUUCAUCUGUGUGUAAAUUAUUUCAUAUAGGGAAGAGUUCUGAUCUGUACCUAUGGUUCUUAUUGAAAACAAAAACUGGAUGUGCAUUUCUGUGAUGUUAUGAAUACAUUUCUACUUUAUUUUGAAACAUUUGCCAAACUAAAUACUAUAACACUGUAUAACAUUAAAAAUGUUAAAGGACUGCUUAGCAUUAGAAGCAGACUGUGUUCCAAAAUUCUGAAACAGCAGCAUAUGCUGUUGCUUGUAUAAAGCCUAGUGAUAAUUUUUAGACUAACUUCCAUGGUGCCCUGUUGGCAUUAGCACUACCAUUGUACCCUGCUGUAUAAUAAACAAUCUUAGACAUUUAUCAACUGUUGAUACAAAUGUUAGUCCUUAACCACUUUUUAUAUGUUUUAAAUUUUUGAAAUUCAAGUGUAUCUGCCAUAACAUAAAAUAAACACUAGACUGGAUCACAUUUUGAAUGA